GCUUGUGGCAGCGAGGUUGGGGGUGCGGUCGCUGGACAAACCUGAGCAUUCAAGACUAUCACUUCCCUGCCCACCCACUGCCAUGAAUAUCUCCCUGUCUGGCAAGCGUGUGCUCAUCACUGGCGCCGGCCGCGGCAUUGGACGAGGCCUGGCGUUGCGCGUGGCCGCGUGCGGCGCCCACGUCAUCGCCGUGGCGCGCACGCAGGCCGACCUGGACAGCCUGAAGGCCGAGUGUGCGGCCAUUGAGACCGUCGCCUGUGACCUGAGCGACUGGGCGGCGGCGCGUGCCACGCUCGAGGCGCUCGGCCCCAUCCACAGUCUUGUCAACAACGCCGGCUUGGCCGUGCUGGAGCCGUUCAUGGAAGUGCGGCCCGAGAGCGUGGACGCCGUGUUCGGCAUCAACUUAAAGGCGGUGGUGAACGCGUCGCAGGUGGUGGCGCGCGGCAUGCUCGCGCGCGGCGAGGGCGGCGUCAUCGUCAACAUGUCGUCGCAGGCGUCGAUGCGGCCGCUGGCCGACCACGCUGUCUACUGCGCGUCGAAGGCGGCGCUGGAUCAGCUGUCGCGCGUCAUGGCGCUGGAGCUCGGGCCGCAGGGGAUCCGCGUCAACUGCGUCAACCCCACUGUCGUGCUGACUGAGAUGGGGCGGCUCGGCUGGUCGGAGCCGGCCAAGGCGGAGCCGAUGCUGCGCGCCAUCCCGCUCCGCCGCUUCGCCGAGGUGGAGGACGUGGUGGACGCGGUGGUGUUCCUGCUCAGCGACCGGGCCGCGAUGAUCAGCGGCGUCCGAUUGCCGGUAGACGGCGGGUUCACCGCCUGCUGAGGAGGCUCGGCGAACGCAGCUCCUGCUGUGCUGCUGCCCGAGAAGGCGGCCGUAGGCUCCUGCUGAGGUGCAACUUCUGCUGAGCUGAGCUGCCUCAGUUGCUGAUGAGUAGUGGCUGGUGCUGAGCAACUAAUCCAGGAUGGGAGAGGCUGCUGAAGAAAACUGUCAGCUUGGGUAGAUGUCUGUGUGUCUAACAUGCAUGCAUGCUUGCAAAGCAUAUCUCAAAGGAAUGAAGAGCGAGCUAAAGCGAGCAAAUGUAUCGUAGAGUUUCACCAUUAGCAAUGGUGGGUUGCAUUGCCCACCUUUGGGAGGGGUGAAUGAAGUCUCAGCCAUUGACAGUGACAAAUCAGUAUUUUGUUAAUCACGCAUUCCCUGAAUUGGAUGUGCAUUCCAAUUUCAAAAGGUGUGUUGUAAUGCUACAUAAGUUUAUCCCGUGAGUAUUGUUCAGAUUCAUCAUGUACUUAUCCCUCUUGUAUUGGGUUAAUGGAUGGGAAACACUUCACUCACAGUGGCUGUGUGAUCCUUGAUAUAUUAUUAUUACUGUUGUGGCAUGUGGUGAGAUGUCAUUGCCGUGAAGUACUUUACGCACUUGAUGUCAACCCUUCAGGUACAUAGAUGCUCAAAUACCCUGAAGGGCCUUUGUCCGUUUUGUUAAAAACUUGCUUACUGGUUGCCAUGUCUGACUCAGGUUUAUGUUUUUACUUUUUAUCCGGGCUGUAAGUGAAGUUCAUCAGGGGGUCGGCGAGAGCCAGGCGCGCUUCGCGUGCACAUCGGACCAUUCUGUUUACAGGAGACUGAGCGCAUGUUUAAACGGGAUGGUGGAGGAUUGAUUUUGUAUUGUUCCCAAGCUUUUGCUCAAAUACAAGGGUGCUGGAGA